GAUAUUGGUGUCAACUUGACAGAUCCUGUGUUCCGAGGAAUUUAUAGGGGGGUUCAGAAGCAUCAAGAUGAUUUACAGGAUGUAAUAGAGAGAGCUAUCCAGACUGGUGUUAAAAAGUGGAUGCCACCAUUGUCGGAUAAGCAUUGUCCUUGUACUCUGGGAGAGGGAGUUAUGUCCUCUAUUCUUGCCCUUAUUUUAUUUCCACUACAUGGAAAAGUUACAGUUUAUGAUUACGGGUGGAGAUCUGCAAGACAGUAAAGCUGCACUGAAUCUGGCACAAACAAAUGAUAUGUUUUUCAGCACAGUUGGAUGUCAUCCUACAAGAUGUGGAGAAUUUGAAAAGAAUAAUCCUGACAUUUACUUAAUGGAAUUGCUAAAUCUUGCUGAAAACAAUAAGGGGAAGGUUGUAGCAGUAGGGGAAUGUGGACUUGACUUUGAUCGACUACAGUUUUGUCCCAGAGAUACCCAGCUCAAAUACUUUGAAAAACAAUUUGAACUGUCAGAAAAAACAAAAUUACCAAUGUUUCUUCAUUGUCGAAACUCACAUACUGAGUUUUUAGACAUAAUGAAAAGAAAUAGAGAUCGGUGUGUAGGUGGGGUGGUGCAUUCAUUUGAUGGUACCAAGGAAGCAGUAGCUGCUCUGAUUGACUUGGAUCUUUAUAUAGGGUUUAAUGGUUGCUCACUGAAAACUGAGGCUAAUUUGGAAGUCUUGAAGUCAAUACCUAGUGAAAAAUUAAUGAUUGAAACUGAUGCACCUUGGUGUGGAGUCAAAAAUACACAUGCUGGAUCAAAAUAUGUAAAAACUUCAUUUCCUACAAAAAAGAAAUGGGAAAAUGGGCAUUGUUUAAAAGAUAGAAAUGAACCCUGUCAUAUAAUUCAAAUACUGGAGAUAAUGUCAGCAGUAAGAGAUGAAGAUCCACUUGAAUUAGCCAAUACACUCUAUAACAACACCAUUAAAUUAUUUUUUUCCUGAUACUGGUAUAUCUUCCAUUUUCCAUCAUGUAUGUAACAAUUUCAUGAUAAAACUGACUAAGUUUUAAUAAAGAAAAUUCUCUGGAUGUCAUCUAAA